CCAGUUUGACCAGAAUCAGUCACUGAUGUAGUGUCCAGUGUGUUUGACCUCCGUGUCCGUUGUUCAGGCAUCAUUGAGCGGGGGGGCGGCUCCAUGGAGGAGGAGAUGAUGGAGGUACAGCGCCGCUCUGGAGGCGACACAGUGUUGGGGGCGGAGUUUUCUCUCAGCGACGCCCUCUAUUUCUACAAGAUGGGUUUGGAGAGCAUCGUGGACGACCAGGUGACGCAGCGGUUCUCCUCCGAGGAGCUAGCCUCCUGGAACCUCCUGACACGCACCAACCAAAACUUCCGUUACAUUAGCCUGCGGCUAACCGUCGUCUGGGGCAUCGGCGUUUUUGUCCGAUACAGCGUCCUGUUCCCCCUCAGGAUCGCGAUGGCCAUCGUCGGCCUCUCCUGGCUCGUCAUCGGAACAACACUGGUUGGAUUUCUACCCGACAGCAGGUAAGAGGAAGUUGUCAC